UCGAGGGCGGCUCUGGCGGCGCCUGGAGCGGCGGCCCCGGCGGCAGAACCGGGCGCAGCUGGUGCAGCCCGGAGCUCCAUGGUGCUGGGCUGCGGCCAGGCCGCAGGAGAAGCACGAGCUCCGGGCCGCCCCGGCUGACCGUGCGGGCCCGCGCGGCCCGGAGCCGCCGCCGCCCGUCGGGCCCCGCGGGGUCGCGGGCCGGCCAGCCAUGGGGUCCCUGUUCCGGAGCGAGACCAUGUGCCUGGCGCAGCUCUUCUUGCAGUCCGGUACGGCCUACGAGUGCCUCAGCGCCCUGGGCGAGAAGGGCCUGGUCCAGUUCCGAGACCUGAACCAGAAUGUAAGUUCUUUCCAAAGAAAAUUUGUUGGUGAGGUGAAGAGGUGUGAAGAACUAGAGCGAAUAUUGGCAUAUUUGGUGCAGGAAAUUAAUAGAGCUGAUAUUCCCCUCCCUGAGGGAGAGACCAGUCCUCCUGCACCGCCUCUUAAACAAGUGCUCGAAAUGCAGGAGCAGUUGCAGAAGCUAGAGGCUGAGCUGAGGGAGGUCACGAAGAACAAGGAGAAGCUGAGGAGGAACCUCCUGGAGCUGACGGAGUACACGCACAUGCUGCGAGUGACCAAGACCUUCGUCAAGCGCAACCUGGAGUUUGAACCCGCUUACGAAGAAUUCCCUCCCUUGGAGAACGAGUCUUUGUUGGACUACAGCUGUAUGCAGAGGCUGGGGGCAAAACUGGGAUUUGUGUCUGGCCUCAUUAACCAAGGGAAAGCCGAAGCAUUCGGGAAGACGCUGUGGCGAGCCUGCAGAGGGCACAGCAUCGUGACGCACGCAGAGCUGGAGGGGCCCCUGGAAGACCCUGAAACGGGAGAAGUCAUAAAAUGGUAUGUGUUUUUGAUAUCCUUCUGGGGAGAGCAGAUUGGCCACAAGGUUAAGAAGAUAUGUGAUUGUUACCACUGCCACAUUUACCCCUACCCGAAUACCGCCGAGGAGCGGAGAGAGAUUCAGGAGGGCCUGAACACCCGGAUUCAAGAUCUGUAUACUGUGCUUCACAAAACCGAGGAUUAUUUAAGGCAAGUGCUCUGUAAAGCCGCCGAGUCAGUCUACAGCCGCGUCAUCCAGGUGAAGAAGAUGAAAGCCAUUUACCAUAUGCUGAACAUGUGCAGCUUCGACGUGACCAACAAGUGCCUCAUUGCCGAGGUCUGGUGUCCCGAGGCUGAUCUGCAUGAGCUGCGCCUUGCUCUGGAGGAGGGCUCGAGAGAGAGCGGUGCUACGAUCCCCUCAUUCAUGAACACGAUCCCAACAAAAGAAACACCCCCGACUCUCAUCCGCACCAACAAAUUCACCGAGGGGUUUCAGAACAUCGUGGAUGCCUACGGGGUUGGGAGCUACCGAGAAGUGAACCCAGCUCUCUUUACCAUCAUCACUUUCCCCUUUUUAUUUGCCGUGAUGUUUGGAGACCUUGGACAUGGCUUUGUGAUGUUCUUAUUUGCCCUCCUGUUGGUGUUAAAUGAAGAUCAUCCCAGACUAAGUCAGUCGCAAGAGAUCAUGCGGAUGGUUUUCAACGGUCGCUACAUCCUCCUGCUGAUGGGGCUUUUCUCGGUGUACACGGGCCUCGUCUACAACGACUGCUUUUCCAAGUCCGUCAGCCUCUUUGGCUCCGGGUGGAACGUGUCUGCCAUGUACAGCUCCAGUCACAGCCCAGCGGAGCAGAGGAAGAUGGUGCUCUGGAAUGACAGCGUCAUCAGGCACAACAGGGUGUUGCAGUUGGAUCCCAGUGUUCCCGGAGUGUUCCGAGGCCCUUAUCCUCUUGGCAUCGAUCCCAUUUGGAACUUGGCCACAAAUCGUCUCACUUUUCUGAACUCUUUCAAAAUGAAAAUGUCUGUGAUUUUUGGAAUUAUUCACAUGACUUUUGGAGUCAUUCUGGGAAUAUUUAACCACUUACAUUUCAGGAAGAAGUUCAACAUUUAUCUGGUUUCCAUCCCAGAACUUCUCUUCAUGCUCUGCAUCUUUGGCUACCUUAUAUUUAUGAUUGUCUAUAAGUGGCUGGUUUAUUCAGCAGAAACCUCCAGAGUCGCUCCUAGCAUUCUGAUUGAAUUUAUUAACAUGUUUUUAUUCCCGGCUAGUGACACAGGUGGUCUUUACCCAGGGCAGGAGCACGUCCAGAGGCUGCUUCUGGUCAUCACAGCGUUGUCUGUCCCUGUGCUCUUCUUGGGAAAACCACUCUUCUUGUUGUGGCUUCACCAUGGGCGCAGUUGCUUUGGGGUCAGCAGGAGUGGUUACACACUUGUAAGGAAAGAUAGCGAGGAAGAAGUUUCUUUGCUGGGAAGCCAAGACAUAGAAGAGGGAAACAACCAAAUGGAAGAUGGAUGUAGAGAAGUGACGUGUGAAGAGUUUAAUUUUGGAGAAAUACUAAUGACGCAAGUAAUUCAUUCCAUCGAGUACUGUCUGGGAUGCAUCUCCAACACCGCUUCGUACCUGAGGCUCUGGGCGCUCAGUUUGGCUCACGCACAGUUGUCUGACGUGCUGUGGGCCAUGCUGAUGCGAGUCGGCCUCCGGGUAGACACGACCUACGGGGUCCUGCUCCUGCUCCCGGUCAUCGCUCUCUUUGCAGUUUUGACAAUUUUCAUCCUUUUGAUCAUGGAAGGGCUUUCUGCAUUUCUUCACGCCAUCCGCCUCCACUGGGUAGAAUUUCAGAACAAAUUCUACGUUGGUGCAGGCACCAAAUUUGUUCCUUUCUCACUCAGAUUACUUUCUUCGAAGUUUAGCGACGACAUGGCAUGAUCAUAUUGCUGUAUCCAACAAGCUUUCAGAUUUAAGGAGAAUUAUCAUGUUGUAGAAUUUCCUUAUGUUAAAUUGACGAUAGGAAAAAUUCCAUCUUCAUUAACUGCCUUAUGAGAUAGCCAAAUGAUUCUGUAAGAUAUACCUCUUCCUCAUAUGUUAAAUAUUUUGUAAAGUUUCUCAAUUUCAGAUAUAGAAAUUUCUUUCAGUUUUUAUGAUGAGCAAAUAUAAGUUAAUGCCAAAAGUUAUGUUAAAGUUAUUUUUAAAAAUAUAGGCUUGGGGGAGAGAAGCCAGUUUUGAAUGGCUAAUUGAAAAUGGUCUUAAAUACUUGAUUCCUUUUCAACUUAUUUAAAAAAAAACUAGAGUUAUUCUGUCACCUGAAGUUGUCAGAUAAUAUUUUCCAACAGCUGAAGUUAAGUAGUUUUUAAAAAAAUUUAAUGAUGGUUAAUCAAAAGAUUCACAUUUAUUUUGCUUGGUUAAAAGUAUGCAAACUUUUUUUAUCGUAUACUAUCUAGAAUUACAAGUAGAAUUGUUUCUACGAUUUUGUCUUGUUUUAAUAAUUGGAGAAAAUGGGAUAAAAUAACAUACAACAAAUGGUUAUCCCACUUGUAUAUUUUUUUAAGGACUCUUAUCCUGUUAUCCUUACAUAAAACCAAUUAUGAUAAUUGUAUGUUUGGGAAGAUAAACUGUGUACUGAGCCUUAAAAUCCAGUGUGACUAUAGAAGAUGUAAUAUGGAUAUGAUUCGAACUUAGUGACCAGCUUGGCUGAUGUUCCUGAACCAAAAGGGGUUUAUACUGAGUGAAGGAAAGGUAAAAAGUAGUAUUUUGUAUAUUUUUAUAAUAAAAUAUAAAUUAAGAUAUUUUACCAUGAAGAGGUUGCAACUAUCCUUGAGAACAGUAUAAUUAUAAUGAUUCACUUUCAGACUAAUUCGAAAUAAAUGUCUAAUAAAGGCAUUUAGAGUUAAACUUUUAAAAACUAUUUGAAUCAGUUGAAAACCAAUUCUUACUAAGCCAUUAAUGUAUAAUCUUCAGAUUAAAUUCAUCUUUUCACUUGA